UUGUGUUCACAUUAACAACCUCCAACACCGAAAAGAAGAUGCAGACAUGAAAAAUAAAGAAGUUUGACCAUAAAGAUAAAUCAUCUUAAAGAUUCUCAUACCAUGAAGGAAAACAUAAUCUGUGGGGAAGUUAAUGUGACCAGAACUAAAGUCAUGGUGAAAACCUGUGCGAAAGUUCAAGUGUAUUAAGUAACGCGCUCGCUCCAGAAACAAGAGCCACGCGUGGAGUGGGCUGCCCAUGUUUAUGCUAGUGGGCGUGUUGCCUCCGUGUUCUGGAAAUUUACAUUUUGACAACACGCAGUGACGACGUCGGAUUUCUCCUCCUUCCCCGUCCGGAUCUUCCCUUAAAGCCGCCGGUUCGGGCGCUGCAAGGCGUAAAGCGCGCAGCGUGUUCUUGGAAACGUCUUGGGAGGUUUACGCACGACGCCACGCCACGCAGCUGGAGCCGAAGCGGGACGCAGUUUAGUUCAGAAACCUCCUCUUUCCUUUCGCAUCUGCUUAUUUCCUCUCGGAUGUUUCUUUCUUCCUCCUCCUGUGUCACUCGGUUCUGGAUGACUUCGCUGUGACUGUUUCGGGUUGGGGGAGUGGAAACGAGCUUUCCACUCUGAAGGGCAGCAGCGUUUUUUCUAACAGAGCACACAGAAAGACAGGAUGAUCCCACCGGCGAACGCAGUUCAGGACGACAGCGGAGGCAAAGAGGACGAGCAGGACCAGGAUGAAGCUCUACAAUCCCCGACGAUGAGCGCCAGCCAGCAGGAAACCAAGAAUACUGUGAGACCUGAGCACCAGAAGCGCAAGCUGCAGAGACUCAAACGCUCGCUUUCCUUCAAGACGAAGAGCAUCCGCAGCAAGAGCGCCGACAACUUCUUCCGGAACAGCAGCGAGAACAAGACGGAGCUCCUGUCGGAUGUGAGCAGCAGCACGGGCCAUCUCUGCAACAUCGGGAUGGCCCCGCCGCACACCGCCAGCCUGCAGAUCCCGCCGGUCCCGCCCGCCAUCCCCUCCGCCCCGCCGCCAACGUCGCGCUCGCAGGCGCGCAACCCGCUGCAGGUGGACUCGGCGGGACACUGCUUCAUGGAGCACAUCUUCAAGAAGCCCACGUUCUGCGACGUCUGCAACCACAUGAUAGUAGGAACAACAGCCAAGCACGUGGUGUUCCUGGCAGGAAACACGGCGAAGCAUGGCCUGCGCUGUAAAGCCUGCAAGAUGAGCCUGCACCACAAAUGUGAGAACGGAGUCGGCCAGCAGCGUUGCAUGGGGAAACUGCCUAAAGGUUUUCGCCGAUACUACAGCUCUCCGUUGCUGAACCAGGAACAGUACGGCUGCAUUAAGGAAGUCAUGCCCAUCGCUUGUGGGAAUAAGGUGGACCCAGUGUAUGAAGCCCUGAGGUUUGGGACGUCGCUGGCACAAAAGGCCAAGAGGGCAAGCGGCUCAGAUUCUCCUCACAGAAACUCGGCCAGCGAUCUGGAUAACGUCCCAGAGGAGGUCGUGGCUCACAACAGCAGGCAAGAGUUGUCGAGAAAACACAGCGAUGACGUUUUCACAGUUAUGCAGAACGGAGCCGAGUGUUUGUACCUGCCAGAGAGACAAGCUGAUGACUUACCGAUGGAUCAGAUCCAGCUGCACAACGAUCCGCUCAAGCUCAACACGUUGGUGGCCUUGUACGAUUUCAGCGCCCAGGAGAGCCACGACCUGGAGAUGAGAGCAGGAGACAGAAUAUUGCUGGCAGAUGAUUCCAACGACGACUGGUGGAAGGGAGUGAUUGAGGACAGGAUCGGUUAUUUCCCAGCAGCCUUUGCUCAUGAGCUGCAGGGGGGAGAUCAGGUGUUCAGGUGCAACAGGACAUUCAUCGGCUGCAAAGAGCAAGGGCAGCUCACUCUGAAGGAGGGGCAGUCCAAAAGCAGACAACUGUCACUCAUUUCAAAUCUGGGAUAUAAAAGAUCUGUGUGAGCAGUGAGGGCGAGCGUGGCGGCUUCAUCAGAGUGGCGUUUGGAAAGAAGAGAGGCUACGUCCCCUGUGAUGUCCUGGAAAUCAUCUGAGACAAAGACGCUGCAAAAGCAUGACAGGGAUAAAAAGUCGGACUGGAUCAACCACUGGGAUGUAAGAGGUGGAGGAACCGAAGGAACAGGAAGAGAGGCGCUCACAUCGUCACAAAAUGGAGUUUAAUCAAGCACUGAUGGGUUCUGCACCAGAAACUCAGAAAAAACUCCUUCUCAAACGGUCCUGCUCAAGAAGAUGCUGCGACAACAAACUGCAAGGAGACAGGAGAUCACUGUGUCACUGUUUUUUACAUUUAAUUUAUAGAGCCUGUGGCUUUUGUUUUGUUUUUCUGUAGAUUAUUUAAAUAUAAGCGAUUGCUCAUGUAAAAGAAAACAGCAUAAAUUGUAAAGACAUAGACAAUUGCUUAUUGAAAUUAUUUUUUAAGCUCUUAUUACAUAAACAGAAUUCCUCUUUUACAUAGUUUAGUUCCCAAUGCUUUUAUACUACAGGAUUUUCCACAUAAAUGUUGCAUUUGUACAGAAGUAAAGAAUGUUAAGUGUAGUUUUCUAUGUCAGUUACUGACCCACACAGCAGUACAAAAACAAACAUGUCUCUUUACAAUAAGAGAAUAUGAGCAUUUAUGCCUUGAUUUGUCCUAAAAGUUUAUGAAUUUGUUUAUUUAUGUUUGAGCUCUUCUUAACAUCAAACAAAACCUUAUAUUUAUUCUAUAAUGGCUCUGAAACAGUAAAACUGAAAAAAAGAGAGAUGAGAAUCAGUCCUUAAAUCCAAAAAGUAUUUUAUGAUGUGACCCUUACUGUGUCCAAAUUAAUUAGAAACAGUUACAUUGUUGCAUUUUUCACAUUGUAAUAGAUUCAGUGAGAUCCCGGACGAGCCCCCAAAAAUUUUACGCCAAAAUUCCAUUUUAAGAUAGAAACCCUUAGCUUACCUAAUUUUGAGUAUUUAACAAACAAAGGCAUUUUUAUCAUACAGUAUGAAGAACAGACUUAAAUACUGCCUAAUUAGAUCAAAUAAGAGUCAAAUGAACAGAGCUAACUGGUCCAGAACAUGGUAACAGGUAGCUAGUAAUAAUUAAGAUAAAGACGUUGUACACAGACAUCCAGGUUAAUUCAGCCAAUGUAAACUGGUAAACAAUUGCAUUUCAAUAAUAGUAACGCAACUCAAACAGUGAAACUCAUUCUAAAUCUAAUUACUGCAUGUUAGCUAAACCAUUUGAGCCAACAGAUUUUAUUGAGACAUAAACUACUGCCAGUCUUCUGGCAUUCUGUUAAUAAUUUAGGAUGAUUGGAGGCAAAAAGACAAGCAAGAAAACUGAUUUGGUCUUUGCAUGAAUCUGCAACAAGCCCUGGAUUUUAACGUAAACAACAGUAGUCAAUGCGGUAACCUGCUGGGCAUUUUUACAGCUUAUUGACAGAAAUCAAAAUGUAGUUCUACAUACUCUCAGUAUGAUCUUGUAAAAGACCAAAAAUGAAGGAUUUAUCUAAAUAUUUAAACACAUCUAGACUGCUAGAAGAAAUAAAGAUUUCACAUAAAACAACCAAAAUCCAAGAAUACAAAAUGUUCAAGAACUCCAGUCUAUAUUGUAAAAGGAAAAAUGGUAACCUGUAGUAAAUAUCCAGUGUAGUUUCCUGCAGUAUCUUUAUCCUUUCAUCUGCCACUUUACUUGUUAGGUUGUAAACAUUUUCUACAUGACUCAUUUUUAAUUUUAACUUGCAGUUUAUUGUGUUUUUUGUUAUUUUUCUUCAAAGAUUUAAGUUAUCUAAACUAUAAAGCUGUGAAAAGUUAUUGUCUCUUACAGCCUUUUUUUCUCUUUUUGUGUCAAUUUUUUAUCAUCAAGUAAAUAAAAAUACCCAUCUAAGCUAGUCUGAUUAAAUACAAGCAAAACAUGCUUUAAACGAAGACUUCAUUUGAGGAAAAAAUCCCAUUUCAACCAAAAUAAAUGCCACAUUCAGCCCUAAUUACUGCCAGACCAGCAGAAUCAAGAUAUCCUAAAUGUAGCCUGAAAAUAUAAUGGUAGCGAUUUAGCAACGAGAAAAAAUGUGCUAAAUCUCCUGACCAUAUAACUGCACAAUUCCACAUUUCAAAAGUAAAUUCACUUAAUGGAUAAAACAAAAACUCCCUAAUUUUUUAAUAAAAAGUUUUGGAGCCAGGAUGAGGUGUUUGUUUGUUUGUUUGUUUGUUUGUUUGUUUGUUUGUUUGUUUGUUUGUUUGUUAGUUUAGUUUGUUUUGUUUUUGGACGUAUCGUAAUUGGUUUAUUUUGCAAAACUGCAAUGGUUACACCUUUUCUGCUUCACACAAAACGCAUGAUCAAAAACCGAAUGUUACUACUGGUAGAAACAACAAAGAGGAAGACGACGGAGAGGUUGGAGAUGCAUGAUUUUAAAGUUUGAAAAGCUGAAAAUUUUCUAGUAAACUCAAAUUUUGAGAUUGAUCACAAAGUUUUGGAAAAAAUACAACUUGAAAUUCCUGAGUUUCAGAAGUAAAAAUAAAUGUGACUUUUGGACAUUUCAAAAGUCUAAAAUUUAUUAUUUUUGAAAUUCAGAAAUGUCCUUGUUUUCUGAGAUGAUUCUGAAAUUUUAUUUUUUCUGGAAAAUGUUCUGCUUUUCAAACAGAAAUUUCGAAAUGUGUUCUAGGAAAUUUCUAAGAUUUUUUGGUGAAAAUGUAUUCUGUUUUUUCUAUUAACAAUAACCUGUUUAUGGGGCAAAACUUUUCCACAAAGUCAAGUUGUUUGGAUAGUUUCUUUUACCAAUUAAAUUAUAAUUUGUUUAUAUUCGUGUUAUCUUUGUGUGACAGUAAAAUUUAUCUGUGAAAGGGAGUGAAAACUUUUCACAGCAUCAUAACAAACAAAACUUUUCUAACUUUUCUAAAGACUGAUCUUCGGUUUGCUGGUUGUGACUUUGAACAUGUAAGAAAACAAUGAAUUUCUCGCUAGAAGCCUCAGUGGAAGAGGUUUUAUUGUGAGGUUGGAUUGUAUGACAUUUGUACAUGUUUAAUUUCUCACCUGGAAUAAA